AUGAGCACCACUCCGAAAUGGUACUGCCGCAACAAAUCCCAGCCGAUGCACACGUUCGCGGAAAUCGGCAAAUUGGGCCUGGAGCUACGCCGGAUUAGCAAACGGAUCGUGAUCGAUGUCAAUUCAGCGAUAUUCAGCGAGCAUGAUACCAUUUUGGAGGAGUGCGAGCGCGUGGUGGAGCAGUACUGGAACCUGAAGGAUGAGACCAAGAACGCCGACUUUCAGUCGCUCUCCAAGAAGAUCAAGCGCAGUCCCUACAACCAGCUGCUGAUGAAGAAGUUCCAUCUGGUGAUGGAGCUGAACGACAGGCGCUUCUGUCAGCUGACCUUUGUGCUCAAGCGAACGUUGAGUUUACUGCUCCGCAAGUCCAUGCAGUCGGAGAUGUGGCUCAACUGGGCGCUUCACAUCACCCAGCUGUACAACAAGUGUCGCAAAGUGGAGAAGCCCCUGUUGCAGCCAGAAGUGGAGCUGGUCGAGGACGAUUCGGACGAUGGAGAGCCCAAGCUGAGCGGCAAACGGAAGGAGGAGAUGCAUGCAAAUGUGUGCAGCAACAUGUUUCCGGGGCUACUACUCACGCUCAAGCCAAUCGAUUUUGGCUACGUUCUGCAGCUUGUUGCCCAGACUCGUGUGGAGCAGAAUGCUCUGGAUCUGGUGUUCGGUCUGUUUAACAUGGGCGAGCAGGAUGCCUGGCGAGAGCAGCAGAACCACGAGUCCACUUCCUCCAGCCUGGAGAUCUUGCGCACUCUCAACAUCUCCUUUGCCGCUGGCGACUAUCCGCCGUACUGUGACUCUGCCCAGGACUGCAAGGCCAUGCAGAUUGCCGAUGGCAAUCUACAGCUUCAGGAUGCCGACCAAGAUCACCAGAGUCUGCGCUGCAAGCAUACCGAGAGCUUUCUGCAGAAGGAGCGUGUGUUCAUAGCCCAGCUGAUAGCCAAGGCAACGGAGAUAAGUCCGACCAUCUUCGACAAUGGCAAGGGCGGCACUGUGGACAUGAACGUGUACAUUGUGAAGGGAUUGCGCUUGCUCUGGUCCUAUGUGGGCAUCAUAUUGGACCACAUACUCCUCUGGUGGAUAGACACGCCGGUAUCCUGCUACAGUCUCACCCACAUAGACUCCAUUCGGAGCUGGCUCUAUCAUCAGAAUGUGCAUGAUAUACCGGAACCAGUAUUCUCUACGCUGCGCGGCAUUGGCGAGAUCCUGACUGGCUUUGUUUGCAAUAACAUUUGGGAUCAGCUCUUCCGCCUGACUCUCAUAUCAUCGAACGACUCGAAGCGCCUGGUGGAUGCGGUUGUGGAACAGUACCGCGAUUACCCCAAGAAUGCUUCUGGAACCCCCACUGGCACUGUGUGGAUCAGCAUAUUCGCGAAUCUCGUGAAUUUGAGCAAUCAGUAUUUCUCCAACUUGGAGGCCCACAACAACUCCAGCCUGCUGCCAGUGGCCGAGCAGAUACCCAUAUUGCAUAGGCUGGAUCACUCUGUCCACUCGAUGCGUCUGUGGGUCACCGAACAGGCCAAGCUGCUGUGCUGCGAGUGGCAAAUGGAUCGCUUCUUCCAGAUUUUGGAGCACGAUGUGAAGCUCUGCCUGAAUGUAUUCAUCACCUUUAAACUGCCGAAACUCACUGCCGAUCUAAGCGAUAUCCUCAUGCUGGUCUGUGUGGCACUGCGGACCAAGCUGAUAGCCGAAGUCAAUGCCAAUAUAGACAAGUUAAAGAAAACCACCGAUGAGUGUGUUCAGAUAUUGUCAGCGGUCUGUCGAGUCCUUAGUCUGGCCAAUUUUACGCUCUGCUUUCCCUCAGCCAACUUUUGGCAGCGCGAGAUCUACAACAACGAGGAGAAGAGCCUGUAUGUGGGCUAUGUGCUGGACGAGAUCUACCUGCCCACCAUACGUGCCACCAAGGACAUUGUCAUACUGAAGCUCAUCCUGAAGCUGAUCUGCGAGGCCUGGCUGGACUUUAUCUUCCAGAAGCGCAUUCGUUUCAGCAUCAAUGGAGCCGUGCGACUGCUCAACGACUUUGACGAUGUCCGCGAAUGGAUCUUGGCCUGCACUUUGCUGGACGAACAGCAGCUGGAGAAGCUGAGCAAUCACGAGGUGCUGCGCAUGUGCAAGGGUGUGGGCAAGAUACUCCUGCGAAAGCCAGAGGAUGUCAUCUCCAUUAGCCAAUCGCCCAAGUACGACAAGAAGGCGCAGGACGCUGCCGGCCAGGACACCCAGCUGCCAUCGGAGAUGUUCGUCUCCAAUCAGAAGCACUGGCUCCAGCUGCGUGCCAGCGGCGGCAGUGGCUUCCCCUUCCUGAAACUGUGCUGCGGCGAUCUCUAG